AUGAAUUUAUCUGAAAAAAUGGAAUCUCAAAAGAAAUUUAAUGAAAACAAUAACACUAUUUUAAUAACAACCAGUGGAAACAUGAUUGGAAUAGAUUUUAAAAAUUGCAAUGCCAUACUACAUCAUGCAAUUCCGACAUCAAUAGCAGAUUAUGUACAAGAUAUAGGGCGUUUAAGUAGAAAAGGGGAAAUGGCAUUUGCUCUAUUGUAUACAACUAGUUCAACAAUAUUAUCAUUAAAAAAAAUUCUUGCACAAACAUCAACGGAUAGAAUGAUAAGAAGAAGUAGAUGCAAUAGUAUUACAUCAAAUGCACCUAUUUAUAAUAAUGAUAAUAAUAAUCAUGCAAUUACAUCACCUACAUUUAAUCAAAAAUCUUCUUUAACUGAAAUGAAUACAAACGAUGAUGUUUUUGAUAGUUUAAAUGAAGAAACAAAAUAUAUAUUAAAAAUGCUAAAAAAAGAAAAUUUUAACAUAUUAAUUAAACUUUUUAUUAAAAUAUUUCAUAUUCGAAUUUCUUAA